AUGAUGCGCAAAUUUUGUGAUGAAAUAAGUCAGAAACAAGCCAAAAUAGAUUCAAGCCUCCACGACCAACAGCGUACCAACUCCAAUCUUUUGCGCGAAUUUGAUGAAUUAAAAUCCGAAAAUAGCAGAUUGUCCGAUGAGCUUGUGGAUCUUCAGUCUCGCUCAAUGAGAGACAACCUAAUGUUCUACAAUUUUAAAGAGUUGUCGUCCCCUGAAGAGCGCAAGAAUGAAAAAUGUUUAGAGUUAAUAUAUGACUUCUGUGAAAACAAAUUAGGCAUGCCUGAUUUCCGACAUAAUGUAAAAAUAGACCAUGCGCACCGUGUAGGCAGUUUCUCCUCCACUAAGACCAGACCUAUCGUCGCCAAAUUUAACUUUUUUCAAGAUAAACUUUCUGUUAAACAGACCGCUUAUUCCAAGCAAAAGGAAACUGGCAUUAAAGUGGGCGACCAAUAUCCUAAGAUAAUACAAGAACGCAGAAGGAAACUCAUUCCGCAUCUUGUAAGUGCAAAGGAGCAGAAUAAGAACGCUGUCCUAGCUUACGAUAAACUUUUUAUAAAUGGCCAGCGCUUCAUUCCACCAUCAAACUAG